AAUAAUUUUGUCCAAAUAUUUGAUCGAAUGAAUCUAAUUAAUUUUGAUUGUUUGCGAGAAUAGCAAAAAGAGAUCUCAAACGGGAACUACGUCGCCAACUACAGUAAAAGUAGUCAGUUAAUACGUAAAUUGAAUUUAAUUUACUAUCACGCGUAUAACUAACGUAAUCGACUGGUGAAAAUUGGCCAUUUGCACCAGAAACUGACAAAGUUUGAAUUCAGUUGUUAAUUAUUGACGUUUGAAACUUCGUGAGAAAAUAAUAAGAUUUUUACCGAUUGAAAAAUCUGCCAAGUCAUCUGUGGCCUAAUAGAUCUUGCGCCCAUGUUUUGUCAGAGCCAGUUCUAUGGGAAGCUGAACAGGGGCUGGUGGAUGAUUGGUGCAGGUAUUCUGCAGCUGAUAUGCAUUCUAUUCCUUGCUACCUCAAUGGCAACAGUCGAGUACAAACACAACAACUUCACACAACACGGACAGUUCAUGGUGUGUCCCGGGAAUGGACCUCCCGGAUGUCAGGACACGAAGAAUUUGGCGAUGUUGCGGGCGUCCCAGGUGUGUUCAGCUGUGCAGAUGGUGUUGGCAGUUGGAAUUUGCAGCUAUCUGCUUAAUUUCGGAGUCCUCGUGCUGACCAGACAAGCAGCAUACUACUUCUCCGUUGAGGUGCACCAUCACGUGUACAAUUUUGUCAUUCUGCUGUCGGGCCUACAGCUGGGCACUGGCUUCUUCGGGCCUACCUUGUGCACGUGGACUCUGAACGAGGAAAUGGACCACCUACACUGGGGCUACUCGAUGGUUUUGCACUGGGUCCAACUGCUGUUCUCAUUGCUCUCCUAUCUCUUCGUCUUCCUCGCUCCUCUCUACUCUCGAAGAGAGGACUUCGCAGGAGUUGACGAGGUCAUGAAGACCAUGUGAACACCAGAUUAUUAUACCAACAAAACCACGUGAACAGUAUGAGUUUAUAUUACCACUACGGCCUCGUGAAACUCAUCGAAGUUCCAGACCUGUCAUAAUAUUUUAACUCGAUUAUAUCUCUCUUAAAUUCACUGAUUGUUGAUAGAAAAGGCAAAUAAAAUUCCGGUUGAGAAUGAACUGAUUUGAUUAAAUUCGAGGAAAAAGUAACGUGCAUAUUCUAACUUGCCUUGAAAUCACUGAUGUAAAUAAAAUCUAAUUCGAAUUAAUAUAUACUGUAAAAAUUUAAGCCACUUCACUUAAAUUGAAUGUUAA